UAACAACAGACAAAGCUGGACUCUGUGGAUUCACAUGAAGACGCGGAUUUAAAGACACUCGUCCUUCGUCCUUCGAUGGGUCCGGACAGGCGGUGCAGGUAGAGGCAGUGGGCUGAGCGUGCAGACAUGUCGGGUCGCUCCUCUGCAGAGAUGGACGACUCGCAGGAGCUGCCGGAGCUGCCGUUAAAGAAAGCCAAGCUUGAGAUCGAUGGUGGACUGGAGAAAGAUUCCAGUGCUCUGGGUGACGAUGGGAGUCCAGCUGCUGGUUUAGGUCCUUCAGAGCAGGAGAACUCGUAUUCUGCUCUGUCCACCGCUCAGCUUGAUCCAGACGAGCAGGAGCAGUCGGACAUAGACAGAGGAGCAGCGUCUCAAGACUGUGGCGACACCAUGAACUCGUAUGCACAUUCUGCCACAGAUUCAACGGGCACUUCUGAAUACACCCAACAGGUUUAUCAAGGAAGCAAUCCCGCGGUGACGUACCCCGGUCAGAUGGGCUUUCCUCCUCUGGUCCAGUCCACUGUGUACUCGGCCUUCCCCCAGACGGGUCAAACCUACGGCCUCCCACCGUUUGGCUCCAGUUUUACAACGUCCAGUGUGUACUCCAACAUCCCCUCAGCUACAGCCACCACCACAGCCCCCACCACAGCCACCCAACAGGAAUUCAGCAGCUACAACUCUCUGGGUCCGAGUCAGUUCUCUCAGUACUACACUCUCCCCCCCAGCUACGUCCCGGCCGGGCUGGCCAGCAGCGACGAGCAGGGGGCGGGGCCGGCGGGAUACUCGGCUGUGAAGUCAGAGGAGGCGGCCUCAGCCGGACUUCCUCCCAGAGAUGCCUCUCCACCAGAGAACCUCCCAGUAGGAGCAGCUCUUCCCAUCAGCGUGGCGCUCCCUGCUGAUGCCAGAGAGCAGGACGAGGUCGGCCGCAGGAACUCGGUUGGGAAAGCUAAAGGAAAAGGGAAGAAGUCUGAGAACUCCCCCCCGGCAGACAGCGAUCUGGAGCGUAUUUUUCUGUGGGAUCUGGAUGAGACCAUCAUCAUAUUCCAUUCGCUGCUCACUGGCUCCUACGCACAGAAGUUUGGCAAGGACCCAGCGACGGUGUUGAACUUGGGUCUGCAGAUGGAGGAGCUGAUCUUUGAGCUGGCCGACACUCACCUGUUCUUCAAUGACCUGGAGGAAUGUGAUCAAGUCCAUGUUGAGGACGUGGCUUCUGAUGACAAUGGCCAGGACCUGAGUAACUACAACUUCUUGGCCGAUGGCUUUAAUGGGCCCAGUGGUGGAGGAGCAACAGGAACCACAGCCGGAGUCCAGGGAGGAGUGGAGUGGAUGCGUAAACUGGCCUUUCGAUACCGCCGGCUAAAAGAGAUCUACAACAGCUACAAAGCAAGUGUUGGAGGUCUGUUGAGUCCGAUGAAGAGGGAGCUGCUCGGACGACUUCAGUCUGAGAUCGAGAACGUGACGGACGCCUGGCUCAGCACAGCGCUCAAGUCUCUGCUGCUCAUCCAGUCCAGGGGGAAGUGCAUGAACGUGUUGGUCACCACCACUCAGCUGGUUCCUGCGCUGGCCAAGGUCCUGCUCUACGGCCUGGGAGACGUGUUCCCCAUCGAGAACAUCUACAGUGCAACCAAAAUAGGAAAAGAAAGUUGCUUUGAGAGGAUCAUUUCUCGCUUCGGGAAGAAAGUUACUUAUGUGGUGAUCGGUGACGGUCGAGACGAGGAGUUUGCAGCAAAACAGCACAACAUGCCUUUCUGGAGGAUCUCCACUCACGGCGACCUCGUGUCCCUGCACCAAGCGCUGGAACUGGACUUCCUGUAGAGGAGCGGCUGCGCUGAAUGUCGUACACUCAAAGGGAAGACGUGGUCGUGGUCCUGUUGGCUCAUGGAGAUGCACUGCGUGAAAAAAAAUCCUUCAGAACCCCAACAAUACACACUCGCAUUUUAGAAUCUGCUCUAAAGGACGACGGACGCCUCGGUGUGAAACGGUAAAUGAACUGAGACGGACUUUGGGGCGGAGCCGAGACUGUGAGUAACAGACUGGACGCAGCCGUCGGCUGAAUUAAGGUUCCUCACGUCCGGCACCCCCCCCUUUCGGCAGCUAACCUCACCACGGCUGAGACUGGCACUGAUUUGGAAACAGAAGGGAAGACAGAUUUUAACUUUCUCCUCCUCCUCGGUCUUUGGCCUCAUUUUCUUUGUUCAUUAUCAAAGAUCUCCUGCAGUAAACGCUAUCCUGUUUAUUUUUAUAUUUCUCUUUCUGUCUGGAUAUUGACAACCAAAGGGCCGUUCUUCUUAAAUGUCCUUCUCUCGUGGAGUAGUUGUAGCUUUAUAUUUAGACCCUGUAUUAUUUGAAAGAAUAAUAUCAAAGCAAACAUUGGGUUGUUCUGCACUCGUUCAAAGACUUGAAGGCAUCACUUUGCAGUUUCCUUUGCAAAUCACUUGACUUUCUAGUUUCUGACCCUCAUCAAGAAUCAAAUAAUAAUGUUUGUAUUUGAGCCAGUCGGGUUUUUAACACAAGGUACGAGAUGGGAUUUUAAAAAAACAGAAAACCAGACGUCUGCUGCUCCCCCGGUCAAACCACAGGUCAGUCAGCUGACCUCCUCCAGUGUGAGUGUGUGAUCCGUGGUCAGCAGGCGUGUGCUGAGAAUCACCGGUUCCUGGAUGAACAAACACUUUUCACCACCAAUCCUCAAUGUAUUUAAAUCAUCUCUCAAGUGCAGCCAUCAACAGAACUCUCAAAAACCGUCCAGUGGUAUUGAGUAUACUUCAUUUUCCCUGUGUGGACAUAAUAUCCGUGUAUUAGAAGUUGCCUGAAGUUGAUUUUGUGUUAGAUGUGAGACGCGCCGCUCGGAUCUCAGAAUAAGAUUUGUUUCCCUCGGCUGGUUGAGAGCCGUCUCUUCUUUCUUCAGCUACAAGUGAUUUUUUAAAAGUCGUCUUUUGCCUGAAACAUUUUUUAACAUGAAGCUGAUAAUGAUCGCUUGGUUUUCACAGGACGACGACAAUUAUCGGUAACUUUUCUUGUCUCGUUUCCUCGAAAUCCCCUGAGGAGGCGAAUUUGGAUUCAAUGUUUUUAAAAAGGUGAUGCGAUGGAAUUGUAUUUAAAGUCAUAUCUGUCCUAUGCGAUAUAAUACAGCCAAUGUGUUACUGGCUUGUUGUUAAAUCUCAUUUCAAUAUUCUUUUAUUUUUUGUGGCUACGAAAGCAGAAAUGCAUUGUUGAUGAAAUCGACGAUCAUUUUUUACCAAAAAGUAAUUUUUGUUUACAAAGGCGUUUUCUUGACAUGUUUUUUCAGCUUCUGUUUCAGGUUUUAUGUUAUUUUAGCUGUCGUUUGUUUGAACAGUUCUUUAAAACUGUUUCAUUAUCAAUUAAUAACUUUUUAUCGCCUCGUUUUUGUCUAAAUCUGCAACAAUUUAUCAGAUUUAUGAGCAACUAUUGUGAUCAUCAAUUUAUAAUGAAUCAGGAGAUCUGGCUCAAGCUUCUCAAACGAUGGUAUGAACAUCAGUAUCUUGUGUCUGUGGCUGAUGACGUCAGCAGCAGCAACAAUUUCAACUGUGAAAAAACGGGAAAAUGUUCAAUUCACUGUCUCAGAGAAUCAAGAAAAAAUGAAAAAUUCUCCUUAAGUGUCAAAACAAACACAUUUUAGUGACUUAGAUGAUCAAAAUAGUUGCUGACUAGUCAUUUCAGCUUGUUGAACCUUUUUAACUACGACCCCCCCCCCCCACCUCAAUGACUUUUACUGCUUUGAGUUUUCGUCACGGUGACCCACAGCUUCUUAAAGGGGGGGGGGGGAGCAGCGGCGACGACUGUGCAAUACAUUUCUCCUUUGCUCAUUAACUGUAUUUCAAAAAGGGAUUUUUUUAUUUCAGCUGCUUGUUGGAAAUGGGGAGUGGGGGGGGGGAGAGGCGACAACUUCCCUGAAUCUGAGAUUACGACUGAACAAUACUGAGCCCGAAGAAGAUUUUACACACAUGCAGCUCGACCGUUACGAUUGUGUAUUUGUGUGUUACUCGUUUGUGUUACCCGUGUGCCUGUUCAUAUUUAUAUUGUGCCUUUUUAACCAUCAUCCAAACGCAUUAAUCUCAAAGGGAAAUUGUGUACGAUUUUGUGUUGGAUGCAUAUAUCACUGCAUUGUCAUACUAUCCAAAGUGUUACUUUCUUUUAAUCCCAUAUUUCUGUUGUUGUUAUUGAGUUAGACGUUUUGAUUGAACUGUCCUGUCUGCACUGUAUUUAAAAGGUCUCCUAGGAAAAGAGUGUUUGGUGUUGAUUGCUCUCAGUUUUUCCGCUAAUGGUUCCCAGUUUGAGUAUUUUGACCAUUUUACUGGUGAAAAUCUAAUUUCCCAACAUCAGCUUUUAUGGCUCCUUUUGAAAAGGAGGUUUUAUUUUGCUGCUGUGAAAACCCUGUGUGGCUCAGACAAUCACAACCUGUUAGACACGCUGUUUCCUUUUUUUAACGCAGGUCAGAUUACGAAAGAGAGAGGCACGUUUUUAAGAGGCCGGGCUUUUUGGUGUCGUAGGGACAAAUGGGAUCAUUAGCCCCUGACACACAUUUGAAAAAACAUGAGACAAUAUGCAAUCUCUGCGUUUUCUCUUUACUUUAUCUGCAUGCCUUGUCAUGGCCUUCAAAAAAAAAACACGCGACCAUGCAACAUUUAAGGGUCUGUAUUCUUAGACGUGUCCUUUUUCUUUUUAAUGCCAAAUACUGUUGUUGAUUUUAAAAAUGCUGUCUUGUUUAUUUUUCUAUCCUUUUUUUUAAGUAUUUCAUCUCAUUUUCCCGGACUUGUGAGGCUGCGAGUACAGAGCCUGAAUAUGAUCCUGUAAUCUGAACCCUGUCAUCAUUAUUCAUGCUAAUUUAAUUACAGUAAUCACUAUUCCCCCUCAGUUCCUCAACACGGUCCUGUAAGGUUUAUCUGAACCUGAGACUCUCAAUACGAUGUAAAUAAAUUUUAAAGUUUCA